UUUCUUACCCCUUCAGUCGCGUACUUCCUCUCGCGGAUGACGAAUACGAACUACACUACAUUAUAUAUUAACUCCUUCCUCUCUUCCUUUUCUCUGUAUAUUUCACUCUAUCAUAUUCUCUCUCUCUUUCUCUCUUUCUCUCUCUCUCUCUCUAUAUAUAUAUAUAUAUACAUACAUAUAUAUAUAUUUUUUUUCAUCACGUCAUCAUCAUCCUCAUCUUUCUUUAUCCUCGUGUUUUUAUUUUUAUUCUUCGUCAUUUUCUCCCUUAUAAAGAAUUUUUUUCACCUCUUAUCAUCUAACAAAUACGAGUGAAUUCGAAGGUCGCGUUUCUCUUUUGUCUCCCUUCCUCUUUGUCUAUCUAUAUAAUAUAGAACUUUGUUCGUCUCUCUCUCUCUCUCUCUCUUUCUCUCUCUCUCUCUCUCUCUCUCUCUCUCUUUCUCUAUUUGUUUUCCUUUUUUGUCGCGAGAACGACGAAGCUACUUUUUUUUUCAUCUUCUUCUUCGAAUUCUCCAAGAGAUAGUUUAUGUUAUUAAAUGUUUGAUUAUUUGUUACGUUUUAACAAGGAAUAUGAGUACGGCGUAAUAUAUGCGUCGUUAAAUUUUGCGUGUUCAUAACGAAACGACAAUUAGUCCUGAUCGGAGGUAAAAGAGAGAAAUAGAAAUAGAAAGGGAAAAUAGAGAGGGAGAGAGAGAGAGAGAGAGAGAGAGAGAGAGAGAGAGAGAGAGAAAGAAAGAAUGUGAGAGGCAGAGAGAAAUAAAGAAAUAGAGAAAUAAAGAAAGAGUGAAUAGUUAAUGUGGCAUUUCAAUUUUGCCGACUGUCAACGUGGAUGGUCCAGUUGUGCAUCAGAAAUCUUAAGAGGAAUUAUUAAAUUCUCUUACUGGAUCAAGAUUGAAGCUUAAUUUCUAGAAAGACAUUACGCUACUUGACACGGAUCGCGUUCAAUUAAUCAUUCUUCGAAUUCCAAUUGAUGCAGCUUGAUUAGUAUCCUGCAAUGUGUUAUUCAACGUGACACGAAUCGGUCAAUGUUUCCAUUUCGAAAACUGCCACACAUUUGUACGGGACUUUUUAUCAUACAUCGAAUUCCUUUUAACAAAAGCCGCGAUCUAUAAAACUGAACCUCGAAGCAAUUUCGCAUAUAUCGAUCGUCGAAAUCGGAAGUUUUUGGUUUUCCAUUCUUCAUCGUUAGUCGACGAAGUGGAGUUAGUGGGCGGAAAAGAGAGGAAGAGAGACAAGGGGGGGGGACAGGUUGGUUUAGUAAUUUUCUCACGGAUUUAUUCGAGUUCGUUCAUCAUUGAAAAAGAAGUAAUAAUAGAAGAAAAAUAGUAAGAAGAGAAAAGAAAAGAAAAGAAAAGAAAAGAAGAGAAGAGAAGAGAGGAGGAAAAAGGAAUCGUGAGAUGUUCCCAUGAGAAGAGCCGUCUGCGUGGUAAUGUCUUGUUGUUGUUGGUGCUGCGACAGCGGGAAUAGUAUAGCCGGUCCAAGAGGAACAACAGGAGCAGCAGCAGCAGCAGCAGCAAGUGCCAUCGUAACCGGUGGCCGAAGAAGUGUCGUGGUUGAGAACCACGUUCACAGGAGCAACGUGGUGAGCGGGGGUGGUCUUGGCAUCGCGUCCGGCCUCUCGGCGAUGCUCUCCCUCAUCGUCGUCACCGUCGCCAUCAGUACUGGCGAGUGGUUGUUGACCGAGGAAAAACUACCCAAGACGUCCUCGAACGCCUCAGUCGAGCCGGACAGCAAAGUGACAUAUAGCGGGCUCUGGCGUGUUUGUGUCGCCAUAAGUUCGCGCAUGGAAUACGAGUGUUCAAGUAUCGACUAUUUUCCAAACGAGGAAUACAGUCCCGAUCCCAGUGACUCAACGAUGGCGAUUCCAUAUGCAGUUACAAAGUCAGCCAUGUUUUUCUUUGCGGCGACGUCGUUGCUCGUAAUCGCGGAAGUUUGUUAUUUCGCCGCACACAUUACGCAUCCGAGGCACAGACUUUGCGUUUUCGUAGCUGGCGUAGUAUUUAUAGUUUCAGGGUUACUAAUGCUGGUUGGAAUGGUCAUGUACAUAUCAAUUUUUAAAGCCGAAGUUGGCAGCAAACUCAGGCCACGAUCAUCGUUUCAGGGACCUCCUUUUACGUAUAGAUACGGCUUCUCCUUUCUUCUAUAUGUGAGCGGCUUCAUCACUACCGAGGUGGCUGGUACAUACGCCAUUUUUCUAUAUAUAUCCUGGCACCAACGAGAAUUGGUACGAAAGGACUUGAGACGGAAAAAUUAUGGGCAUGGCGUUUAUCACUUGGAUAAUCAUCACGUACAUCACGGCAAUCAUGCCGCAUUGGGCCAUGGUAAUUUUAUCUGCGAGAGACACCAAAAGAGAUACUUCUUUGGAAGGGAUUCCGUCGAUUACGUCGAUUUCGAUGAGUUCUUACCACCACCGCCGAACUUGGAUCAUUACGGUUACAACAGCAGACAAUUUCCAAGAGAUCUCACUGCUCAAACGGUGAGCACGACGGCGGACAUACUGCAGCAGGAGGAGGAUGUACCGGAGCCCGACACCGAUUACAGUCCAAGCGUCCGCCAUGAGUUCGUGACCUUUGACCUCGAGGAUCCAGCACCACCACCUACACCCGUUAGAGGUACCGAGUGGGCCUUCGCAGCUUUAAGAAGAACUACUCCCGUCUGAUAUAGCGUCAGAUAUAAACAAAUGAUAAUUCGAUGGUGCAAUAUCGGAUGAAUAUGAAAUGAUGGGAUGCGGUAAAACUUUUCCAACCAAGUUCAACCACAUUUUUCCUUGGCUUGUGUUUUUGCCGCAUAGAAUCUGGAAUUAUCGUGUUGCGGUAUGUCGCGUUUUUUUUGUUCUUCAUUUGAUCCAUAUUUUUUCUUUUUUUCUUUCUUCCUCCCUGCAACAAUUCGUUAUUCGACUCGUUCUAAUUAUUGACCAUAAACAUCGGCUAUAAUUGUUUCACUCGGUUACAAUAACAAAGAAAUGAAUUAUGACCAGGUAUUAGUUCUAUCAAACGCACAAUACCACACCUUUUUCAGAUAUUUGAUGGUCAGGUAUGUUUUAUAUCUCGGUAUAACUACUGGUUCAUUGAUUUAUAGCGAUACGAAAAAAAUUGAUUCUCUGAAUGUACAAUGCGGUGUGGUGAGAUGCUUUUUUUGACCAGCUAUUUUUUAUUUUUCAUUUUUUUUUCCUUUUUAGUAUACGUUUAUUAAAUAUCAAAAAAAAAAAGGAUAAAGUGCAACAAUAUUUACAAUGAAUCUUAAAAGAAGAAAAAAAGAACGUAUAGAGUUGAACAAAGAAAUACAAUCAAAUAAAACAAUAUUUAAUGAAACUGACGAUUCGAAUGAAGACUCGAAGUCUGAUAGUUUUUUUUUUUUUUUUUUUUUGGAGAUACUUGAAUCACAUUUAUACUGUAGGAUUUAUAGUAAUUACAAGUGUUAAUAAUUAAAGUUUUUGAUAUGUAUGUACAUAGGAAUGGCAUUAGAAAUUUUGUUUUUUUUUUUUUUAUUCUCAGAUUAGAAUGGAUUAGAAUUAUUAUAAGGUAAUUGUGUUUACGGAAAGAAGAAAAAGAGAAAAACAAUAAAAAUGAUUGUGUAUGAAAUAUAAAAGGGAAAAAAAAAUAAAAAAGAAAAAAAAAAAAGAAAAAAAAAUUCUCCCCGGCGGGGAAUCGAACCCCGGUCUCCCGCGUGACAGGCGGGGAUACUAACCACUAUACUACCGAGGACGGAGAUACUUAGACCUCUUUUUUUUCGAUAGAUAAGCGGAAAAAAUAAAAUAUAUUAAUCCGUAUUAUUUUUUUUUGGUAUUUUUACAUAAAUGAUUUUUUUUUCUUUCUUUUUUUUUUCCUUGAAUA